GCUGGAAUAAUAAAUUUCCAAAAUUCUGUGAUCUGUGUCAAAAUUAGUCUAAAUUUCUGGGAUAACACUCGUCUUGAGAAUAUGGAGUACUCUUCUGUAGAACGUGAAAUGGAAGCUGAAGCACUGCAAUCAAUCUACGGAGAGGAAAUUGUUUCGGUAAAGGGAUCAGAAGAGAAUCAACCUGUGUCUUAUGAAGUAAACUUUCAACAGAGUAAGACAAAAAUAAUUUUCACAUUACCAGAGAACUACCCCAAUGCUCCACCUUCCAUCAGUGUUACACAAGAUAAUCAACCAGCUUAUACAGAAUUGGAAUCACUGUUGUACCACAUUGCACAGGAGAGCUGUGGUGAAGUAAUGAUUUAUAAUCUCACUGAAGAAUCUAAGAACUGGUUAAAGAAAAUGGAAUCGUCUGAAAAACUGAUGCUUUCCUCUCAAGGAGAGAAAAACUCUCCUGAAAAUACAGCCAAUAUUUGCAAAUUCUUUCUUGAAGGGAAGUGUAGAUUUGGAGUCAAGUGCUUAAAUAAACAUGGUGAAGGAGUGCAAGCUAACAGUGGGGUGCAAAAUGUUGAGGAGAGAUCUGAUUCCACCAAUGAUAGUGAAAAGGUAAAAAGUGCAGGAAAGUCUGUUUACAACUCUGGAAAUAAGCAUCAUGAAAAGAAAGAGGUUGUCUUAAACAAGAAGAAACCUCCCAUGAAAACAGCAAGUGAUGUCAUUUCCAGAAUUCAAUGGGACGAGGAGCUUUCACCAAAAGAUUUUGUGGUUGGUUACCUGGAUAGAUUUGUUGGAAUUGUAGAGAAAGACUUCACAGAUCUGUCAUGGGAGGAUCUGGCUUCUGUGGAUCACUUUGUUGACCUUGCCAUUCCUCGUCAUAGAAUUCAGUAUUUCAAGUACCUGGGGGAAAUUGUUUGGGACAAACGGGAGCGUAUUGAUAGAGUCUUUGGAUCUACAGGAAGCAAUGAGACCAUUCUGGAUGUCAAAGAGAGGAUCAGUAUGCCACAAAACUCUGAUCAAGAGCAAGUCACAGAGGAAACAGUACCUGAUACUGGAGUUGUUUCCAAUGCUUCAGAGCUUCUGAAAGUGAAGUCUGUUAAAGAAAAGAAUGGACCAAAUUAUUUCAUUGCAAUUCAGAUUUCAGAUGAGGGAAUAAUUGAAAACAUUAACAAGAUCCAAAGUAUGAUCCACCUAGAGCUUGGCCAAGAAGCAGAGUAUGAAGUAACGCCAAGUCAAAGCUUACACAUCACCUUGCUAAUGUUAACUCUGAAGAAUGAAGAUGACAUAGCCACUGCUAAGAGCAUUCUCAAGUCAAUCCAACCUUUAUUGGUGUCCCUUCUUCCACUCAGGCAUAAACUAAAAAUCAAUGGUCUUGGACAGUUUCACAACAGAAUUCUUUAUGCCAAAGUUGAUCCUGAUGACAGGUUGUUGAAAAUUGUCCAAGCAUUGAAAUUUAAGUUUGAAAAGGCUGAAAUAAGUUUGGAAGGAAACCGAGAUCAGUUUGUACCUCAUCUUACUAUCACAAGAGGAAGGUCUUUAACUGAUGAGUUACUUAGAAAGUUGCAGGAGUUAAUGAAAUCUAACCUUCAAUUUGGAGAACAGGCUGUGGAGUCUCUCAUUCUGUUCUCCAGAUGUCUGCCAAAAGCUAUCGAUGGUACUCAUCAGAAAGUUUCAGCAGUGGAAAACUCCUUGAAGGCACUGUCUUCCACCUUGCCACCAAAGUUCUGCCAAUAUGCAGAUUAUUUGUUUGAAAAGAAGGAGAUUUGUGAGGAUGAAAGAAAUAAAAUCAAAGCACUUUUUCACUCAGGGAAUGCUUCAGAGAUGGACAAGGGUCUUGCAAAACUGACAGAACUCAGUAACUCUUUUCAAGAUACAGGUAGAGUUGUUAUAAUAAUGAGAGGCAUUCCUGGAAGUGGAAAAACACAUCUUGUUGAAAACUCAGAAGAAGCCAGAGAAUCAGGUGGAUUAACAUAUUGUAAUUCAGGACAGUUAUUUCAAAAGAAAGGUGCUAUAGCCUUAGAUCUCUGUGAACUAAACAUUGCCGAGGCUUACUGUCGCUCUUGUUUCCUGGAUGCUAUGGCAAAUUUAUGCCCUUUUGUUGUAGUGGAUGGUGUCUACACCAAGUGUUGGGAGUAUGCAGUGUACAAGAGUCUUGGUCAAGCCUUUGGUUACACAUGUCAUGUGCUUGAGGUAAGAGUGUCGGAGCCUGAAGACAUCAAGUCAUGUCAUCAAAACUGCAAUUCUGAACUGCAACUGAAGCAGCUUCUGGGGUAUGUGCAAGAUUGGGAGGAAGACACAACAGCUACCAUUAUCAAACCCUGGUUCACAAAUUUGGACCAUGUAACAUUUACAGAGAAAGUUUCACUCAAAGAACUGUUGAAAAACUUUUGAAAGUUUGAAAUUGUAUUGUAAUUGUAUUUCAGGAGGUUUUGUGUAAGU